AUAGAGCAGAAAACAGUCCCAUAUUUCUUGGCUGACACCAUGAGAGGACCAGGCUUAUUCUUCUGCUGCCUUACGGCACUUUUCCUUUUUGGGGGUGCAGAACUUCAAGUUCCUGAUGGUACUGAUGAUGCGGGAAACAUUGCAGAAGGCCAGAUGUCCUCUGUGGAACCAACAUUGGAUGAGAAGUCAAUCUACGCUGAACAGAUUCUAAUAGAAAAGAGUUUACUGCUUCCACAAACAGAGGUCCUUGAUGCAGAGACACAGGCUGUAAAACCACAGGAAUGUGGUUCUGAGAGCACAGAAAAGAUUAAGGUUCAAACUGAUGUCUUGAAAAAUGAUGGGCUAGUAAAACCUAAUAUCACCAGAGAUGUCCCUGUUUGUGAAACAGUAACUAGUGUCAGCAAUGAACUAGAUGAAUCAGAGCUUAAUAAAGAAGAAGAUAUCUUGCAUGUUGAGGAAACUCUUAUAGUUGAUUUUGAGGAAGUUGAUAUAAAUACACACAAGGAACUUGAAAGUAAAGUGGGUGAAAUAGUGGAGGAUAAUGAUGAUGUUGCUGAUGAACAUUUAUUAGAAGAAAUAGAGAGUGUGCAAGAUGGAGAGCCUUAUUUUGAAGGAAAAGAGGAAAGUGAAUCUUAUCAGAUAUCAGAGGAAGCUAAAGAGACCAUUACUGAAGACAAACAAGCUCUCAGUAUCAGUGGGACCAGAAAUGAGCAAGGUGAUCUGGACAUCUCAGUUUUGGAACACCAAGGUAAGGCUACUGGGCAGUUUGAUUUCAAAGAUGAUGGCAAGGUCACCAAUUAUGAGACAAAUUAUGUUUCUGACUCUCUUUUAGCAGACAAUGAUUCCCCCAGUUCAGAAAAUGACAUGAAUAUUCUGGAAACAGAUAAUCUUGUCUCUUUGGAUGAUGAGUCAGAAGAUGUGCAGCAGGUAGAAGGUGUUAUUCUGGAAGAAACAUACACUGAACACCAAGGCACUGAAGGUACCUCAGAGUCCAUAGAAAUCUCAGAGGAAGUCAAUACUGAGUCAGAUUAUAGCAAUCAAGAAGAGCCAAAGGAAUAUGAAAAUGGAGGUGAAAACCCUACUGAAACAGCAGACCAAUUUGUUAAUGAUAAGGAGGCUGAAAACUCCUCAGAAGACGAGACAGGUAGUCUAGAGGAGUUAUAUAUAGACAAAGAAGAGUCACAUGAAAAAGCUAAUGAAAAUAAAAGAGAAGGGGACAUAUCAAAGGAUGAAAAAGGAAUACAGGUAGGAGAUGAUGAUGAUGAUGAUGAUGAUGAUAAUGAUGAUGAAGAUGAUAAUGAUGAUGAUGAUGAUGACAUAAAUGAGGAUUAUGAGUCCAUAAAAAUCUCAGAGGAAGUCGAUAGUGAGUCAUAUUAUAGCAAUCAAGAAGACUCAAAGGAAUAUGAAAAUGAGGGUGAAAAAUCUACUGAAACAGCAGACCAAUUGGUUAUUGAUAAGGAGGGUGAAAACUCCUCAGAAGAGGAGACAGGUAGUCUUGAGGAGUUAAAUAUCGACAAAGAAGAGUCACAUGAAAAAGCUGAUGAAAAUAAAAGAGAAGGGGACAUAUCAAAGGCUGAAAAAGGAAUACCGGUAGGAGAUGAUGAUGAUAAUGAUGGUGAAGAUGAUAAUGAAGAUGAUGAUGACAUAAAUGAGGAUGAUGAGUCCAUAAAAAUCUUAGAGGAAGUCAAUAGUGCUUCAGAUUAUAGCAAUCAAGAACACUCAAAGGAAUAUGAAUUUGAGGGUGAAAACCCUACCGAAACAGCAGACCAAUUGGUUGAAAAGGAUGAAAAAGGAAUACUGGUAGGAGAUGAUGAUGAUGAUGAUCAUAAUCACGAUGAAGAUGAUAAUGAAGAUGAUGAUGAUGACAUAAAUGAGGAUGAUGAUGAUCAUAAUGUUGAUGAAUCACAGGAAGUAGAGAAAGAGCUAACUGAAGAAUCAGAGCUAAAUACACAUGAGGAGCAAUCAGAAGAGGUUGUUGGAAGCACAUUUGUUAAGGAUGAAGAUGCUGCUGAGAAUGAGAGAAGUGUUAAGGAACCAGCACCAAAUGAGGAACAGCCACUGAAUCCUCCUGCAAAAGCAGCUCAAAAGAAAACUGGCAAACCAAGAAAGGCACAGCAAAAAGAGGAUGUGGAUGAUUCUGAAGAAAUUUCCAAGAGGGAUCGAACCCACAUAGACAGCACACUAAAGCUCACAGAUGAGAAGCCAACAGAUGACUACUCAGCAGUACUACAGAAGCUAAGAAAGAUCUACCACUCAGCAAUCAAACCUCUAGAGCUGUCCUAUAAAUACAAUGAGCUGAGACAGCAUGAAAUUACAGCUUAUCUUGGACGUACCCUUGCUGACUCGGCCGCAGAUGGCGAGAUUACUUCAAAACCAAUGGUGCUCUUUUUGGGACCAUGGAGUGUUGGGAAGUCCACCAUGAUCAACUACCUCUUGGGGCUGGAUGAGACCCCCUACCAACUGUACACAGGUGCUGAACCCACAACCUCUGAAUUCACUGUUCUAAUGCACGGGUCAAAGAUGAAGACUAUUGAAGGUAUUGUGAUGGCUGCAGACAGCGCUCGUUCCUUUUCCCCACUUGAAAAGUUUGGCCAGAAUUUCCUGGAGAAGCUAAUUGGAAUUGAAAUUCCCCACAAGCUACUGGAAAGAGUCUCUUUUGUGGACACACCUGGUAUCAUUGAAAACCGCAAGCAACAGGAAAGAGGCUACCCUUUUAAUGAGGUCUGUCAAUGGUUUAUUGACCGUGCAGACUUGAUCUUUGUGGUGUUUGAUCCAACCAAGCUGGAUGUUGGUUUAGAGUUGGAAAUGCUCUUUAGGCAGCUAAAGGGACGAGAGUCCCAAAUCCGCAUCAUCCUGAACAAAGCUGACAGCUUGGCCACACAGGAACUGAUGAGAGUAUAUGGUGCCCUCUUCUGGAGCUUAGCUCCUCUGAUAAAUGUGACAGAGCCUCCAAGAGUCUAUGUCAGCUCUUUCUGGCCAGAUGACUAUCACCCUGAAACUCAUCGGGAGCUGUUCCUCAAGGAAGAGAUCUCCCUUCUGGAGGAUCUCAACCAAGUCAUUGAGAAUCGUCUUGAAAACAAAAUUGCCUUCAUCCGUCAGCAUGCUAUCAGAGUUAGAAUUCAUGCCUUGCUAGUGGAUAGGUACCUCCAGACCUACAAAGAAAAGAUGACUUUCUUCAGUGAUGGAGAACUGGUAUUUAAGGAUAUAGUGGAGGAACCAGACAAAUUCUUCAUCUUCAAGUCCAUCCUGGCCAAGACCAAUGUUAGCAAGUUUGAUCUUCCAAACAAAGAAGCCUACAAAGAUUUCUUUGGAGUUAACUCCAUCACAAGCUUUAAGCUCCUCUCCCAGCAGUGCUCAUACAUGGGGGGUUGUAACCUUGAAAAGAUUGAGAGGGCAAUCACUCAUGAGCUUCCAGACCUUCUUGGCAGCAUUGGGCUGGGAAAAAAGGCCGGAGGACUCAACUGUGAUGUGACUGGAUGUGGCGAGACACCAAAGAAUCGUUAUAAGAAACAUUAAAACUUUUUCCUCCUAAACCCCUCUCAAGUUUCCAUAAAAAAUAAACAAUGUUUUUCAGUGCAGGUUCCAUUUGUGGCGGAUUUUAUCUGGUCUAGAAAAUCUUAUAACGCCAUAUACUUUUUUACAAUGUGUCCUCAAGAUGUAUCACAGACAUUGCACUGUGCAAACCCAAACAGUGACAUAAUAUACUGAUCCCUUCUGUGCUAGAAGGACCAGUUUGUUACUGUUCACUAUGGUGCUGAAUGUGGUAUCUAAAGGAAGACAUUGUGAUCUCAAUAGUGAUAGUGGGACAUUCAGAGAGCCUGCACUAGUAAUGCUCACUAUUGCUCCUUCUACAACUGUGCAUUUUCGUGAAGAAGUGCUCAGGACAGGGCAGUUGUCAAUUGCUCGUAAAAGAGAAGGAGUCUCUCUGAUUUUUCCAUUAUUGCAAAUAAUAUGAAUGACACAAGGCGAUGGGAAAAAAACAGUUUUAUGAUUCAAUAUGGUAGCUCUCUACAUGUAGUUAAUAACUCAGUGGCUCAACUUAUGUUAUGUGGAACUUUGGAUCUUUCCUACAACAUCCAAGUAAUAGGAGGUAGACUAUACUUCAAAACAUUAAUAUUAAGUGUGUGCAUUUGAUUUUGGACGUAUGAUAACUAAUCUUUUUUGUUAUUUUGAGUUUUCAGUCGCAAACAAUUAACUAAUUAAAAAUGAACCAAACUUAAUUAAUUUGUUAAUUUGUUAAAGGGAUAAUCAAAUAUCAAAUAUUGAAAAUUCACACACACACAAAUAUAUAUAUAUAUAUAUAUAUAUAUAUAUGGAUUAUCCCUUUAUGGAAUGGACAAAUUAAUCAACUCAUUUUCAUUGGUUUGUUAAUUCUCAUAUUAGUCAGUUAGUUAAAAAAGCCAUUACCUAUUUGUUUGUGAAUGAAAAUUCUGAAUAAUGAAAUUGUCAUUAGGAUCGCUUGUCUGAAAACAAAUGCACAUGUUUAAUUAAGAUGUAUACAGAUUUACAAAUUGAAAAACAAAAUUGAUAACACAAAGAUUUCUAGAUUGACUUUACAAAUUAUGAUCUUCAGUAUCUUUCGGAAAAUAUUAAUUUUGUUCUGCAUACACUUUAUAACAAAGUAUGGACAGCUAGGCCAAUUGCUAUUAAGAUAACAUAUUCACAACAAAAUGGCCUCUGUUUCUCUGAGGACUUUGUUAAGGCUCAACAAUACAUUUCCUUUAAUUCAUUUUACUUUUUUUUAAACCCCUAAAGGGGAUUCUUAAAUAUGCUAAGUAUUGAAACAAACUAUUGAUAUCAGUUUAAAUUUAACAAUUUUUUGGUAACUACUCAAAAGCACUGCCAACCGUAAAAUAAAUUUAAGGAUUAAAUUUGAGGGGGUUCCAGAGUUCCUUUGUGGUUUAAAUCACUUCAUACAACAAUCUGUUGUUUCUAAUGCGUCUUGCUGCCUUAACCCUUCGAAUGCCAGAUGGACAGCAAACUGGAUGAGACUGUAUGCUAGAAUGUGACAUACAAGACUAGAGAGGAGAGCAUGAGAGGGAAUGUUAAAAAAAAAAAAUCCCUUUUUGUUGAAUUUCUUUGUGUUUAAAGUAGGUGUAUUUUCUGCAAUAUUUUGCAGCCCCCUUCAGCAUUCAAGGGGUUACAUGUGUUAGGUUAAAGCAGCAAGUGCAAAAUGUUUGGUCCAAUUAAUAAAUUCUGUUGUUUUUUUUUUAAUAAAAAUUGCAGCUUCUCAUUUUAAUAUGAUUCUUUGAGCUGACUUAACUUUAACUUUUGAAGAACAAUAAAAUAUUUGAGCUUGUUGACAGCCAA